CAGCAGCAGCAGCAGCAGCAGCAGCAGCAGCGGCGGCCCUGAGGAGGAGCCGGAGCUGCCGGGCCCGCUUCUCGCCGCCGCCCCCGGUUUUCUGGAGCUCGGGGCGGGGGGCUGGACUGCGCCUCGCCUCGGGCCCCGGCCGGGCGGGCGGGCGACAUGCGCUCGCCUCGCCUCGGCUUUAAUUCUUAGUUUCUAAUUCCCGCCCUCCUCCCGGGGUAAAAGCCCCCCCCCCCAAGCUUGGCCCCGGCCUCCCCGUAAGCGCCCAGGACCCGCUCCGGCCGCGGGCAGGUGGGGGAGGGGGCGCUCUCGCUUUCUCGGGGGAGCGAGCCCCUCUGCAGCCCGUGGCUCGGCCGGGGAUGGGGGGCAAGCAGAGCACGGCGGGCCGCUCCCGGGGCCCCUUCCCGGGCGUCUCCACGGAUGACAGCGCCGUGCCCCCGCCGGGGGGGGCCCCCCACUUUGGGCACUACCGGGCCGGUGGCGGGGCCAUGGGGCUGCGCAGCCGCUCCGUCAGCUCGGUGGCCGGCAUGGGCAUGGACCCCACCACGGCCGGAGGGGUGCCCUUCGGCCUCUACAGCGCGGCGGCCGCCCGGGGGGCCGGCGAUGCCGAGAGGGCGCCGGGCGGCGGAGGCUCAGGGGCCGACUCCACCUAUGCCCACGGCAAUGGUUACCAGGAGACAGGUGGUAGUCACCAUAGAGACGGGAUGCUGUACCUGGGCUCCCGAGCAUCGCUGGCAGAUGCGCUUCCUCUGCACAUCGCACCCAGGUGGUUCAGCUCUCACAGCGGUUUCAAGUGCCCAAUUUGCUCUAAGUCUGUGGCUUCUGAUGAGAUGGAAAUGCACUUUAUAAUGUGUUUGAGCAAACCACGCCUAUCCUACAAUGAUGAUGUGCUGACUAAAGACGCAGGUGAAUGCGUGAUCUGUCUGGAGGAGCUACUUCAGGGAGACACCAUAGCGAGGCUGCCCUGUCUCUGCAUCUAUCACAAAAGCUGUAUAGAUUCAUGGUUUGAAGUGAACAGAUCCUGUCCAGAGCACCCUUCCGAUUGACUCAUCAGGCAUGCUUGCUGACUCCUCUCAAAGGGCACCUUGCUUUACUGCUGACCAUCCUCUCCCCCAUCCCACCUGUCCCUUCACAGUUCUGGGCUGGUGUUUUGUUUGUAAGGAAACCCGCCAACACCCUCUAAUCCACUCCAGCUCCUCAACUGGGUUUUUAUUUUCUUCGGUUUUGGUUAGUUUUUGUUUUAUUUUAUUUUAUUUAUUUCAACUAAACCCCCAGAACAGAUGAUGUCAGACCAAUCAGGGACAUCUGCUAUUUUUACCUUCACCUCAAAUAUUGAUGCCAUGGGGAGAGAAGAGGAGAGGAGCCUGUUGCUGAAUUGCGAUCCUGAAAUCCUGUCAUGAUGUUUGGCUUCAGGGGGCUCCCCCCAGACACCAACAGCAGACAUGACACACUGGGCCCCCGGGUCUCUGGUGGGAUGGAGCUGCUGCUGGCCCUCUGGCCAGACGGAGCACGGCUUAUUUAUUACAGUCCACAAAAGGACAGCCCCCUGUCCCCAAGACAAAGCUUCUCAGGCGCCAGACAGAGCUUGGGACCCAUGGGGACGGGGCACCCUUCUGCACUGACUUUGAGAGAGCUGUUUCCCCCCUUCUCCCUUGAGGACACCAAAUCAGAUGAGGAUGAAUUUGAAAGAAGAAACAACUGCAGUCCUCCCCCCACUCCCAUCCCAGGAGGGAAAGGGCAUUUUCUUUUACCUUUGAAAGGCAUUGUGGGUCUGUCUUUAACGUGUUUACAAACAAACAAACAAGUCUAGUGUCCACUGGUGUUUUUCCUGGUGAUGUUUACAAGAUUCCUGUUUUGCGUGACUGAACCCAGCCAAGUCCUCACAGCCAGCAUCCUCUCCUUGUCCUCUCCCUCUCCUCCCCUCCCCUCCCCUCCCCUCCCCACUUAGACCUUUAUGCCCAUCUUCCAUUUUGGUUGCACUUUCCUCCUCUCGCCCUAGACUCCACUCGGUGUCAGGACUCCUAAUUGCCAAAAGACAACACUCCCAAGACCUUUCCUCCUGUUUUCCCUUCCUCUUCCAUCUCUAUUUCUUCUCCCCUUCCCUCACCCAGCUUUGGUCUUCAGUACAGUUCAGAGGAUCUAAAAAUCACAAGUGUCCUGCAAAGAUGCCUGAACAUUUUUCUUAGACCCUUGUGGAUAUUUUCUCUCUCUUUUUUUUUUCAAAAAACUUUUAAAAAUUUAUUAAAAAAAAAAAAAGGAAAAGAGGUACAGCCACACCCCUGUUUUCAGGCACUCUGUUUGAGAACAUUUUAGCCAUCAACGUUCACACGUGGCAUCAG